CCGUUGCUGCUUAAACAAUAAGAAUCGGAUUGGGUCUAUUAGGUCUCAGGGAGAAUUGGCGAGAAAAGAAGAGGGGAGAGAGGGAUGACCUCAUCGGCAGUAGAAGCAGAAGCGCCGGAUCUGGUAUGCCAGUUGGACAGCGUCCAUGGCAUGGUGGACGCACUAUCAGCCGUUCGCUGGAAACGCCAUCAGGUCUGUGACGCAGUGGUGGAGUUGUCAGAGCACGGUUUGGUUGUAAUCUUGGAGGAUACUGGUUGUCUUCAAGCCAAAGUGUAUCUUCAACGCGAGCUAUUCGUUCGUUAUGAAUAUAACGCUGAAGGUCGACCUCGAUUUGGAGUGAGCUUGGGGCUCUUUGUCGACUGCUUGAACUCAUUUUCUGUGCCUGGACGUUCCAGUACCAUUGAGAUUCAGUACCCAGGACCUGAUAUGCAGCUUCUUCUCAAAUCUGUUGAUUCGCAUGAUGUAUGCAUUUAUGCGGAAAUAAGGACGAGAAUUCCAGAUACAAUUUCGUGGGACUACCACUUCGAACCUGCUGGAAGCACACCACUUACUUUUACUGUCAAGUCUGCAGCAUUGAAGGAAGCAAUGGAUGAUCUAGAAUGGCCGGGGUCGAGCAUUGAGAUCAUUGUACAGCCCGACCCCCCAUGCGUUACAUUUAAAGGAGAAGGCCAUGGAGACCUGCAGAUAGAUUUCACCUAUUAUGUCAACACUGAUUUAGUGCUUGCAUUUCAUUGUGAUCACCAAGUAUCCUAUAGGUAUAAAUACAAGUUUCUUCGAGCAAUAACCUCGAAUCUUCCCAGCAGUGUUAUUAAAGAUAACAGAGGAAGUAAGUUGAGCAUCGGGAGAGGAGGGAUGUUGAAAGUUCAGCAUUUAGUUUCAGUAGCAAGAGCAGCUGCUUCACAUACUCAUAAUGAUUCUGCUUCCCAUCAACAACCUAGUCGAAUUGCUUAUAUUGAAUUCUUUGUCAAGUCUGUGGUAGAUGAAGUCAAUUAAAUAAUGGGUGAACUACCAGAAUGCCCAAUUUCUUUUCGGUUUUGUUCGCUUUUGAUCACUUACAUUAUCGGUUAAUAACAUAUGGGUCAUUGAGACGUUACAUGUAUUAGUUUGAUGACAUGACAUGCUUAGUAGAAGGAACUAAGUUUUAAUUUGAUAACAGAGGAAGUAAGUUGAGCAUCGGGAGAGGAGGGAUGUUGAAAGUUCAGCAUUUAGUUUCAGUAGCAAGAGCAGCUGCUUCAGAUACUCAUAAUGAUUCUGCUUCCCAUCAACAACCUAGGCGAAUUGCUUAUAUUGAAUUCUUUGUCAUGGACUCAUGGUAGAUGAAGUCAAUUAAAUAAUGGGUGAACUACCAUAAUGCCCACUUUCUUUUCGGUUUUGUUCGCUUUUGAUCGCUUACAUUAUCGGUUGAUAACAUCUGGGUCAUUGAGCCGUUACAUGUAUUAGUUUGAUGACAUGACAUGCUUAGUAGAAGGAACUAAUUUUUAUUUUGAU